UGUACAAGUGGCUUCAGGCUUGAUAGCGAUAGACUAUAAUAUAUUUUUUGGGAUAUAAUAUUAUGCAGAUUUCAGUAACCCACAAACUGCAUUAUUAAGUAAUAGGUAUUAAUUAUUAUUUCGAGUAUCGACUAUUUUGAAAAAGACUCGUAGAAUCUGAAAGACCGGUGCAGGGGGCACUGAAAAUUAUAUCAUAGAUUUAUAAUCGAACACUUAACAUCGAGAUAAUGAAGUUGUUGAUAAAACACUAAAUUUUUCGUGAAACCUAUUAAAUAUUAAAUGAAAUUGAAAAAAUUCAAAUCACCUUGAUUUCUUAAACAAUUAUUUUAAAUGCAUCGAUAUAAAACAAUGGAUAACCAGACUGACUUAUGUUCUAGAUACAUAAAAAUAUUUUUGGUGGUUGCUUGUUAUUGGGUUGUAUCUAUUGCCACAGUAUUUGUAAAUAAAAGUUUACUUAGUGGACAAACAGUAGCAUUAGAAGCACCAUUGUUUAUAACAUGGUUUCAAUGUGUAGUAUCUUUUACCAUAUGUUUUUCAUUGAGUAGAACAGGUGGAAUACCCGGUAUAUUUAAAUUUCCUCAAGGAACACCAUGGAAUCUUGAAGUGGCUUGGAAGGUAAUACCUUUGUCAAUAAUGUUUACACUGAUGAUAGCAACAAACAAUUUAUGUCUUAAGUAUGUUGGUGUAUCCUUCUACUACAUUGGCAGAUCUCUCACCACUGUCUUCAAUGUAAUAUUUAGCUGGGUGCUUUUGAGACAAAAGACAUCUUUUAAAUGUAUUAUGUGCUGUGCCUUCAUAGUUUUAGGAUUUUAUGUGGGAGUAGAUCAGGAAGAACUAUUAGGAUCAUUUUCAUUAAUUGGAACAAUAUAUGGAGUAGUGGGGUCCUUGAUGUUGUCACUAUAUUCAAUUUUUACAAAGUCUGUUUUACCAAGCGUCAAUCAGGAAAUAUGGCUAUUAUCAUAUUAUAAUAAUGCAUACUCCAUUAUUUUGUUCCUGCCAUUAAUGGUUUUGAAUGGAGAAUUAAGUGUGCUGUGGAAUUAUUCAAACUACCACAGUACUGGUUUCUGGACGCAAAUGAUCAUUGGGGGUCUUUGUGGCUUUGCCAUUGGAUAUGUUACAUCAUUACAAAUUAAAGUGACGUCACCACUGACCCAUAAUAUCUCAGGUACAGCUAAAGCAUGUGCUCAAACUGUCAUGGCAACACAGUGGUACAACGAAAGUAAGAACUCAAUGUGGUGGUCGUCAAACAUAAUAGUUUUAGCAAGUACUGCGCUUUACGCCAGGUUUAAACAAUUGGAAAUGGAAGAGAACUCUAGAAAAAUUAUACCGGAAGAAAAGAGAAGUUUAGUAUAAAAACUGGUAUUAUUUCCUGUAAUUUAUUUUAAUGUAUAUUUCCUAUUUAAAUAUAGAAAUAAUAAACCUGAAUAAUUUAAGUAAUUUGUAUAUCAUAUGUAAUAUGUUUUUUAUACAUGUAGAGAUAGAUAAAUAAAAAAAUAUAUUUGUGCAAUAUUAUUUUUUGUAAUGAAAUCAUAGUUCUGCGGGGUACGGAAAUUAAACUCCCCUAUUUAUGAAUGUACUGAAAACCUUAUAUAAGUAGCUUUUGAAUACAAAUUUGAUUCUUUGAAUAUAGGCUUAAUACUUUUAUAUGAAUCUUAAGUUUUUAGAAUUUUUAUUAAUAACAUUGCCAUAAAUAAAACAUAGAUUAAGGAUGAUAGUACCAAGGUUACCACAUAUUUAUGUAAAUUUAUUUGUUUAAAUUUUUUUGUAUUAAAAGUAUAAACCAGGUACUUUUUAUACAUCUCAACUGUACUAACCUAGGGUUUAUGAUUAUCAUUUUUACUUAACAGUUAAUACCUAAUUUACAUGAAUUAAUAAACACGGUAUUAAAAAAAAACAUGGUAACAUAGACGGAUGCUUUAGUCCUUUAAUAUAUGGCAUAAAAUAGGAUUAUUUUUUUGCACUAUUACGCACUAUGUCCGUUUUCCCUCUAGGAAAUAAUUGUGAUGGUGCGUUAACUGUUUAAGCUAAUUUAAUUAUACAUAAUAUAGGCGAAAGUGACUUUUUUUUAGGCUUUCACAUUUAACCUUCAUUUGUUUUAAUGCCGCUCUACAAACUCCGCUGAAAUUGUUCGUCUAAUUAAAAUUAUCUGUAUAUUUAAAUAUUAAAGUCGAAUCAACGGCUUAAAUUCAUAAAAUCGUGUAAACGUGUGGUUCACGUUAAACUAAAUCUUUUAACUUAAGUGAAGCAUUUAUAAAUAGUAUUGGCCAUGUGCCAUCCAAAGAGUGCUAUUAUAUUAAAUACAUUUUAUUUAAUAAAUAUACUGUUUAAAUGAA